CACUGCACCGCGUGAUGAUGGAGAGGAAAGUUUGAGAUCGCCCGGCUAACGCGACGACCAAACCACGGCCGCCCCGUCUUCCCCCUUCAGCAGCGCUGGCCCUCCUAGACGCCGAGAUCGGGGGCAGCGAGCUGCUCAUGAGCAUCGCGCCGCUGCGGCUCAUCUCGGUGGGCGGGUCGCUGGCGGUGCGCGUGUGCCUCAACCGCGAGGCCUCGUUCGACAUCGACUGCAUGCUGGACCCCCACCUGGCCGCCGCCGCCGACUACCUGGCCGAGUUCGAGGCGGCCGUGUCGCAGGUCGCCCAGCGGGGCGGCUACGCCGACGACUGGCUCAACCGCGAGGUCGAGCUCUUUGUCGCAAAGAACCGCCGCAUGGCCCUCUUCCUCGGCUCCGUCCAGCAGGGCAUCACCAUCUACGAGGGCCGCAACCUCAUCAUCUACGCCGGCCGCCUCGACUGGGCACUAGAACGCAAGCUGCGCCGGGUCGCGCACGCCCGCGGCCGGCGGGGCAACAAGGACGUCGACCUGUCGGACGCGGCCGCGCUGGUCCGGCUGAUGCGGCGGCCGGGCAACAAGCCGCCCCUCAGCUUCCAGUACGUCCGGGGGCUCAACCUCAACGGCUUCGACGUGCCCCCCACCGACGACGCCAUCCGCGAGGUGGCCGACUACUACGCCCGCACCUACGGCGAGGUCGGCAUCGCCGACAUGACCUGGGACGCCGACGCGGCCAAGUGGAAGUACCGCGGCCUCGACGGCGCCUGGGUCUGGGUCGAUGAAGGCGCUUUCAGCGGGGUGAGGGGUUGGAUGGACAUGAUCAAGGGAAAGGGGGGCCCUGUCAACGGGGCGUAGGCAGGCCCAGGAGGUGCAACAGAAUCUAAUCUGAUUGUUCUUUCUUAAUAUAAUCUUCUUUUUUUUUUCGUAUUUUUGUUUUUUCGCCUUUUUCUGUUCUCUUUCUUUUCCUUCCUCUCUUUCUUUCUUAACAG